UUUAGUAUGCGAAAAGGUAAAGGGUCUUUGUGUUUGGAUUGCGAAUCCAUCACCCUAAAUUUGAUCGGAACAAUAUACUUACGUACAUGCUCUAAACGGAAAUUGCCUGUACUCGUACACAAAUUUAAACAAUUCUGAAAAUGAGUUACGAUGUGAUUUCGCGGAGCGAUGGAUCUUUGGUCGCUACGUCCACUUCGCAGCCACACCGCAAUUCGUUGUAUAAACAAUUUAAGCGUUAUUCCAUUUGGUUAACACUGGCCGGACUGUAUCCGUGGUCUGCCACGGGUGGCAGCCCACAGACCGCCACAACUCUGUGCUCCAAAAUAAGAAGUGCUGUAUCGUGGAUUCCUGCCGCUACACUGUUCAUCUUGAUGAUUUUAGCCGCAUUGGAUCGUCUGACGAUUAUGUUAAUCCAUCGAUUCGACUGGGAAAACCCAACCGGUUUAGCCGCGGAAUUACGCUUAGCCACCAUGGUCUGUUUUCGGUCAUCCGUGGCUGUGCUGAUUCCGUUAGCGUGCCACAAAACACGAAAACUCGACAAAGUGUUUCGAUUGCUGUCGCUGUUAUGUAAAGACGUCUUUGUCGAACAGCCAUGGAAAAAUCGUCUGAUGGUGGUGACAUCAAUGUUAGCCAUAUUAACGGUAUUUUUUGCGGGGUACUUUCUAUCGAGCGGGGUUUUUGUCCUCGUUCACGUAAUCACUGAUCCCCGUGGUAUUUCAAAUUCAACGCCGACAUACUACUGGAGCACCGAAGCAGCAUACUCUUUCUUUUUAUUGUUUGCGCGAGUUUCGGCGAUGCAUAUAAGACUAAUAUUCUUCAUAAUGGUCAUUUUGCUGACAUCCACAGCGGGACUGCAGUUUUCCAUCUACUACACCCGAUUGAAAAGAGCAUUUCGUGCAAGAAGUUGCCUGUACGCAAGUGAACAAAGUGACCAAAAGGAAGUUGAAAUACGACUGAUUUUGUCCAAUCAUUUUACGCUCUCGACAGCGGUCGCCAAAGCCGAUAAAAUUUUAUCGCCGUUACUUUUGGUCACCGUGCCGUUUGACUUGGCUAUGACCGUUUUUAUUUUUGCCCAUUUGUUCAAUGGCUCGGACGCUGCGGACAUUCUAGCCUACAAUACAAUCAGAUCAUCACUGUUAUCUAAUCUUGUUUGCGGCUUUGACCUCGUGUGGAUGGUUAUUGUUCUCUUUGGCCCAAUUGUGACUUCUGCCUAUUUGAAGCAACAGGCUGAAAAAGCGGUGAAAGAAAUAUCGUUUUUUAUUGGCUGUGAAGACACCGAAAGCAAAUUUAAAAGAAUGCUGAAAAAGAGGGCAAACUUAAUAAAAGACUUCCCGCCAGCUCUUACUUUAUGGAGCAUUGCUGUUUUGGACAAAAAUAUUUUCUUAGUGGUUCUUGGCGUUCUUGGGACUUACCUUUUCAUCAUUCUGGAAGUGUCUCAAUGGUGACAGCAGUUCGUAAUCGGUCGUCUUGGACCCUUUUUGACAGUAUUGUUUGUUACGGUUUUCUGUAUGCCCUGCAUCAUGCUGUAUUCAUUUUACACCCACUUGCUGGUUGAUUUAGUCAGAAAAAACAAAAAAGACACAGCCGUGUGCAGUAUUUGAUGUUUUACCAUCGUCUAUUAAAUUUACACGAAUUUAUCAUUUUCAUUGUACACUUGUUGUUGUUGUAUUUCCAUCCUGAUCGAUGCGAAUGCUUCUGUUGGCUGUUUUGGUCUGCGUGCUGCUGAUGUUGUUAUCCGUUUUAUUACUCGAGCGAUCAGAAGCGUACUUCCAC